AGUUGUUCGCACACAGCAAACUCAGAUUACCAUGGAUUAUGUGAAUCAACCUGCUGCACCAACCAGAAACCAUUCUGAUAAACAAACCAAGGUGUAUCCAGGUGAAAAACUGAUCCGAGUGGUUGCUGUUAGUUUUGGACUGCUGUGUGUCCUACAAGCUCUUAUCAACAUUUCUCUGUGUCUUGUUCUGUACACCCAAACAUCAGACCUUCUGCCUGAUUGCAAAAAUGGGACAACAGAUUUAGACAACUUCAGAAGACAGAAUGCUCAGUAUUUUCAACAAGGAUGGGUGUAUGCACAUCCAAGUUUCUAUUACAUUUCUUCCACCAAACAAUCCUGGGAGGAAAGUCAACAGGACUGUUUGCAAAGAGAAGCAGAUCUGGUGAUUAUUAACACCAACGAAGAGCAGAACUUUACGAGACAGUUUGACAGGUUAACAUGGAUCGGACUGAGAAACAUAACAAAUCAGUGGACCUGGGUGGAUGGGACUCCUUUGAACGAAAGUUACUGGGGCYAAGGAGAACCCAACAAUCUUGAAGGCAUGGAAGAAAAAUGUGUGGAGAUAAGGUUUCAUGAAUAUGAAAACAGCUGGAAUGACAGCCCAUGCACAGGUCUAAACUAUUGGAUCUGUGAGAAAAAUCUGACGCAAAUAAUCGAAUAAAACCCAGAAAACAUGAAAGGCGCUGUAAAACAUUCAGCUUUCCCUCACUUGUUUUUUUUUCUACUGCUUAUGUACAACGACUGUACUCAAGUGAAAAAAGAUGAUAAAGUAUGAUAUAAGACAAAAAUAAUAAUUUGUUAGAAAAAAUAAAUAUUUUUCUACUUAUUGGUUCACAUUAUAAAUACAGUUAUCCAGAUAAUGAAAUUACUUCUUAAUAAAUGUCUAUGCCUCAAAGAUGACCAGAUUAAAGUCCUUUUUUCAAUUUUACACACCAUCAAUUGAAAACAUGACAGAUAUUUUCUAAUCAUUUAAUUUUACAUCAUUGAUACAAUUGGCUGAUGUAUAAUAAAUGUGUUUCAAACAAA